CUUUACACCCUAAAUAAAAUGUCGAUUUACUGAAAAAUUCCGGACCUCUUUUGUACUUUUUCCACAAAGCCUCGCAUCGGCGGAUUUGAAUCCAAUUUAGGUCAUUACUAAUCAGCAGCACCACAAGAAGAAGAACAAGAUCUUCAAAACUGAUACCUGAAGCUUGUAAAUUUGAUAAAAUUACAUCUCUCAAGAUGUUUUGGCGCAUGCCUGCUCUCUCUGCUUCUUCUCCUGUGGAAUCAGUUUUAGAUAAGGAAAAUUUCACUUUAGAAGAGCUUUUGGAUGAAGAAGAGAUUAUCCAAGAAUGCAAGGCUUUAAAUAGUCGCCUCAUUAACUUUCUACGUGAUAGAGUUCAGGUUGAGCAGUUGCUGAGAUACAUCGUUGAAGACCCUCCAGAGGAUGCAGAAAGCAAACGAGUCUUCAAGUGUCCUUUCAUCGCCUGCGAGAUAUUUACUUGUGAAAUCGAUGUUAUCUUAAAGACAUUAGUGGAUGAUGACGAGCUGAUGGGCUUGCUUUUCUCUUUUCUGGAACCAAACCAUCCUCAUAGCCCUCUGCUAACUGGGUACUUUAGUAAGGUUGUAGUAUGCCUGAUGCUGAGGAAGACAGUCCCACUUAUGAACUAUGUUCAAGGCCAUGGAGAUGUAUUUCGCCAGCUAGUUGAUUUGAUAGGAAUAACAUCCAUCAUGGAGGUUUUGAUUCGGCUUGUCGGGGCCGAUGACCAUUUCUAUUCCAAUUUUACGGAUGUGAUGCAGUGGUUAGCUGAUAGCAAUUUGCUUGAAAUGAUCGUGGAUAAGUUGAAUCCAUCUUGUCCAUCAGAAGUUCAGGCUAAUGCAGCGGAAACACUGUGUGCCAUCACUAGAAAUUCUCCUUCAGCUUUAGCUGCUAAACUCUCUAGCCCAAGUUUUAUUGAAAGGAUAUUUUGUCACGCUCUGGAAGAAUCUCAAUCAAAAUCUGGCCUUGUGCACUCUCUGUCUAUCUGUAUUUCUUUGUUAGAUUCCAAGAGAUCGGCGUCCUCUUUUUAUUCAAUGAGAAGUCAACACUUAUACGAACAACCUAUACCUGUUAAUCCUGUGACUAUUACUGCCAUGAUUCCGAAACUUGGUGACUUGCUUACCCUUCUGAAUACAACCUCGGAUGAGACUAUUUUGCCCACAACAUAUGGAAGUCUAAGGCCUCCUCUUGGAAAGCAUCGGUUAAAGAUUUUGGAGUUUAUUGCUGUUCUAUUGAGGAUUGGCAAUGACCUUGCGGAGAAGGAGCUCGUUAUCUUGGGAGCUAUCCAAAGAAUUCUCGAUCUGUUUUUUGCGUACCCGUUCAAUAAUGCUCUACAUCAUCAUGUAGAGAGCAUUGUGAUAUCAUGUUUGGAGAGUAAGAAUAACACUGUUGUUGAUCAUCUCUUUCAAGACUGUAAUUUAGUUGGAAAAAUUCUUAAAGCAGAUGGGAACUCCGAUCUCUUUGGAGACGAAAAUCAGCCAACACUAAUCGCUGUUGGAAGACAACCACCCCGGUCUGGGAACCAUGGUCACAUUACACGAAUUUCUAACAAGCUUGUGGAACUGGGAAAUGGAAACAGUCAAAUUCAGACAUAUCUAAAGGAAAAUGGCGAUUGGGUUAAUUGGCAAACCACUGUUCUGCAAGAGCGUAACACGGUGGAGAAUGUUUACCGAUGGGCUUGUGGUCGUCCAACAGCGCUGCAUGAUAGGACAAGAGAUAGUGAUGACGACGAUAGAGAUUAUGAUGUUACAGCACUAGCAAAUAAUCUAAGCCAGGCUUUUAGAUACAGUAUUUAUGAGAACGAUGACACUGAAGAGGUUCAAGGUUCUCUUGAGCGAGAGGAUGAGGAUGCUUACUUUGAUGAUGAGUCAGCUGAAGUUGUAAUCUCAUCACUGAGGCUUGGUGACGACCAGGAGAGCAAUUUGUUCACAAAUUCCAACUGGUUUGCUUUCCAAGAUGACAUGAUUGGCAAAGAGGGUCUGAGUACUUCGACCUCUGAGAAGAUGGAUGAUGUUAACUUGAAUGGAGCAGCAAGUGGUGGUAACAGCAGUAGUGAUGAUGAAGUGGUGGUUGGUGAGGAUUUGUUGGUAGGUAACACGGCUUCCGGUAAUACGGCAUCCGGGUCCAGCUCGAGUUCACCUGAUGCAGAAGACGUGAAUCUUCACAAAGAGAAUGCAGGUGCUUCCAGUGAUGUGGGUUCCUUCCAGUAUGAAAUGGCGGACAAAAACACUCCAUCUGGAGAUAGAUCGUUACCCGGUUGCAAGGGAGGGCAGGAUUCUUCUGAUGCGCAGGUUAGUGGGUCAGACUGGAAUCCUUUUAAUGAUGGUGGUAAGGCUCAAGUUGAUCUUAUAAUGGAGUCAGUUGAUGCUGCUCCUGAUCCUCUAUGCAAUGGAGAGGUCGUAGUUCCACCAAGUACUGCAAGCCCAAUGGAUUCAAGCGAUUGCACCGUGGGAAGCAGCACAAGCAACGGACCUACUGUGGCACCAUCGUUAUUCGAAGAAGAUGUCGAAUUUGUUGGAGUAGAGAUGGAGGGCACGGAGAAAGCAAUGGAACAAGCACUAAAAGAAGGAAUAGUUGGAGAAGCAGGGCCGUUAAAGAGGAACCUUUUGCCGAAGGUGGUACCAGAAAAGAAAUUUGAGGAAGAUGAUGGUGGCGAAGGAUUGUUAGAGUUCAAUGAUAUGAACUACUGGAAGGUCGAUCAAGAUGUUGCUGUGGUUCAGGAGUGAAAUGACAAAAUGCUUCAGGUUAAUCUGUCCCUCGAAGCAGGAUGAUCUAAGAAAGAUCUAGACACACAUGAUGCCGUGUUUGUUGGUGGGCAAGACGGGCCGAUGCAUUUUGGCGGGUGCAUGUGUAAAGUGAUUUCCAGGUGGGAGAAACUCAAUGUGGUAUGGGGGUUAUAAAGGUCAUGUUGUAUUGUUGUGAUCUACUAUUGUUUUUCGUUUUGAUGAUGAUACUGUAAUUGUUAUUGCUGUUAUUCUAAGUAAUGUCUAUCUAUUCUUAGGGUUAAUCCCAUUAUCUGCCAGUUUUGAUUCAGUUCAAGUGUUAACAGUUCACAUCUUCAAAGUUUAGGACAGUCGAAUAAAAUUUCUAGUGUUCUCUUC